CUCUGUAAAAAGUCGGUCUUUAUUUAGUUUUACUGUAUUGUUUCUGAAUUUAUCUGUGUUAUCGCUUCUGCCUAAAACUAUGGCUUCUUCGGAUGUUGCUCGGCAGCCGGAUAAAGGAGUCCGGCCCCUGUCUCUUGCAGGACAUGUGGGCUUUGACAGCCUUCCAGAUCAGCUUGUCAACAAGUCCAUCUGCCAGGGCUUCUGCUUCAAUAUUCUCUGCAUCGGUGAAACCGGUAUCGGCAAAUCUACCCUGAUGGACACUUUGUUCAAUACCAACUUUGAGAAUUUUGAGUCAUCCCACUUUGAGCCUCAGGUGAAAUUGCGGGCUCAAACCUAUGACCUACAGGAGAGUAACGUCCGACUACGCCUUACCGUGGUCAACACAGUGGGCUUUGGAGACCAAAUGAACAAACAAGAAAGCUAUCAACCAGUGGUGGACUACAUAGACAGGCAGUUUGAGAGUUAUCUACAGGAGGAGCUAAAAAUCAAGCGCUCUCUUCACAACUACCACGACUCACGAGUCCACGCCUGCCUUUACUUCAUCUCCCCCUCAGGUCAUUCACUCAAAUCCCUGGACCUCGUCACUAUGAAGAAACUAGACAGCAAG